ACCGCGGCGAGAUGUCUGCGCGGGUCUGCCUCCUGGGGCGCAGCCUGCUGCUGCUGCUGCUUCUCUGGGGCAGCCAGGACGCCCAGCUUGUGGAACGCGCGGGCCAGGAGCUGCGCAGGGAGGCGGAGGCAUUCCUGGAGAAGUACGGUUAUCUCAAUGCACGGGUCCCUAAAGACCCCACCUCCUCUCAAUUCAGCAAUGCCAUCAGGGAGUUCCAAUGGGUGUCCCAGCUGCCCGUCAGUGGCAUACUGGACCCUGCCACUCUGCACCAGAUGACACAGCCCCGAUGUGGAGUUGCAGAUACUGAUGCUCAGGUGGCCUGGACUGAGAGGGUCAGUGCCCUAUUUACUGGACGCCGGGCCAAAAUAAGGCGCAAGAGACGCUUUGCAAAGCAAGGCAACAAAUGGUACAAGCAGCACCUCUCCUACCGCCUGGUGAACUGGCCCCAGCACUUACCAGAGCCUGCAGUUCGGGGGGCCGUUCGCGCUGCCUUCCAGCUAUGGAGCAACGUCUCAGCACUCCAGUUCUGGGAGGCCCCAGCCUCAGGCCCCGCGGACAUCCGACUUACCUUCUUCCAAGGGGACCACAAUGACGGGCUGAGGAACGCCUUCGAUGGACCAGGGGGCGCCCUGGCGCACGCCUUCCUGCCCCGCCGCGGGGAAGCGCACUUCGACCGCGACGAGCGCUGGUCCCUGACCCGCCGGCGCGGGCGCAACCUGUUCGUGGUGCUGGCCCAUGAGAUCGGCCACACGCUCGGCCUGGCCCACUCGCCCGCGCCGCGCGCGCUCAUGGCGCCCUACUACAAGAGGCUGGGCCGCGACGCGCUGCUCAGCUGGGACGACGUGCUGGCCGUGCAGAGCCUGUAUGGGAAGCCCGAAGGGGGCUCCGUGGCCAUCCAGCUCCCCGGAAAGCUAUUCACUGACUUCGAGGCCUGGGACUCCCACAGCUCCAGGGGCAGGCGCCCUGAAACUGGUGCUCCUAAGUAUUGCCACUCCUCCUUCGAUGCUCUCACUGUAGACCGGCAGCAGCGAGUGUACAUUUUUAAGGGGAAUCAGUUCUGGGAGGUGGCAGCUGAUGGCAACAUGUCGGGCCCCCGCCCACUACAGGAAAGGUGGGCCGGGCUGCCCCCCCACAUCGAGGCUGCCGCGGUGUCCUUGGAGGACGGAGACUUCUACUUCUUCAAAGGGAGUCGAUGCUGGAGAUUCCAGGGCCCCAAGUCAGUGUGGGGUUCACCACAACUGUGCCGGGCCGGGGGCCUGCCCCGCCACCCCGAUGCAGCCCUCUUCUUCCCUCCUCUGAGCCGCCUCAUCCUCUUCAAGGGUGCCCGAUACUACGUGCUGACCCGAGAGGGACUGCAGGUGGAACCCUACUACCCCCGAGGCCUGCGGGACUGGGGCGGCGUCCCUGAAGAGGUCAGCGGUGCCCUGCCUCGGCCCGACGGUUCUAUCAUCUUCUUCAGAGACGACCGCUAUUGGCAUCUGGACCAGGCCAAAUUGCAGGCAACAGCCUCUGGCCGCUGGACCACAGAGCUGCCCUGGAUGGGCUGUUGGCACGCCAACUCAGAGGGUGCCCUGUUCUGAAGGCACCCCCACCUCUUAGUGAACUGUUGAUGCCCUUGUGGCCCACUUGGGUGCCCUGCUCCAGGGGCAGAACCUCUGAGCCUCCCUGCAGAAGACCCAGCUUUGCCAGGAGAAUGAGGCAUCGUCUUUGUGCUGUGCCCACCCCAUGGAGGUGGGGCUGGCAUCAAUCCAAGGAGAAGCAAAACUGAGUCCCACAAUCCUUUCCCCAUGGCCCUCUUUCCUCCCCAAGUCUUGGGGAUUUUGCUUUAUCCACUAAAGGUGCACCUCCCCUCCAAGACAUGGCAGCUAAAGAGGAUACAAGAUUCGACGGAGAGGUUGGGGCCACUUUCCAAGACUGUCCUCCUCCCCUGGGGAACCUAGCGUAGCCCUAGGAGAACUGUCUUAUUAAUCAAAGAAACCAUCCCCAGGAAGCUUGGGUGGGUUGGGUACAAAGAUCUCCCCUGGGGGGGAGGGGAGUUAGGACCCAGAGCUGGAAGGGGCUGCUGCAAGCCUGUGGGCCCUGGCUUUUUGUGGAGGAAAAUAAAAAGGUGCCCCCAACUGGUGAACUGGAGGUGGGAAUUAGCCUCCCUUGGAAGGGUUUCUAGUGGGAGCAGGUAGACAUGGAUCUGAAGAGGCUGAAACUAUGUUCUUCUGUCCAAGCCAGGACCUGUGUGUGUCUGUGUGUGUGCGUGCGCGCGUGCGCACAUGGUUGUGAUGGGGAA